AUUCCUUCCACAGCUCUUGCUAAUUUGUGUACGGCUUUGUAAGUUUGCUAAAGUUAAGAGAGAAUCUCUUGAUUCGAACAGUCGUCGACCGCCGACGGCCGACUGCCGCGGUUAACUAGUGAGCAGGCGACGCUGAAGAGCGCGACAAUGCUUGGCUAUAAACCUAUCGGAGCGCCUGCGAAAUGCGGUGUUUCAAGUACCCGAGCCGUUCGGCCAGCAUGCAUUUCACGUCGACCAGUUGCGGUGCGGGCAGCGGCUGGGCCAUUAGGCAGUAAUUCUGAUAAAUAUGACUACAUCCUCGUCGGUGGUGGAACCGCCGGCUGCGUCCUUGCCAACAAGCUGUCCGCAGACGGCAAGAAGAAGGUCCUCGUGCUUGAGGCCGGUCCCUCCGGUGACGCUCUAGAGGUGGCUGUCCCCGCCGGCAUCACGCGCCUGUUCGCGCACCCCGUGCUGGACUGGGGCAUGUCCUCCCUCACGCAGAAGCAGCUGGUCUCGCGGGAGGUCUACCUGGCCCGCGGGCGGCUGCUGGGCGGCUCCUCCGGCACCAACGCCACGCUGUACAACCGCGGGUCGGCGGCGGACUACGACAGCUGGGGGCUGCCGGGCUGGAGCAGUCGCGAGGUGCUGGACUGGUUCGUGAAGGCGGAGUGCUACGCGGAGGGUCCCAAGCCCUACCACGGCCAGUCCGGCUCCAUGCACGUGGAGCAGCCGCGCUACCAGAACCCGCUGCACGAGGAGUUCUUCCGCGCCGCCGCGGCAGCCGGGCUACCGGCCAACCCGGACUUCAAUGACUGGAGCAGGCCGCAGGAUGGCUACGGUGAGUUCCAGGUGUCGCAGCGGCGGGGCGAGCGAGCGGACACCUACCGCACCCACCUCAAGCCGGUGAUGGGCAGGGGAAACCUCAAGGUAAUCACGGGCGCCCGCACCACCAAGGUGCACAUUGAGAAGGGCGCUGGCGGUGCUCGGACCCGCGGGGUGGAGUUUGCAACGCAGCAGUUCGGGGAGCGGUACAGCGCCGAGUUGGCCCCGGGCGGCGAAGUGCUCAUGUGCGCGGGAGCCGUACACACGCCCCACCUGCUGAUGCUGUCCGGGGUGGGACCCGGUGCGGCGCUGCGGGAGCAGGGGGUGGGGGUGGUGGCGGAUCUGGCGGGGGUGGGGGCCAACCUGCAGGACCACCCCGCGGCGGUGCUGGCGGCCAGGGCCAAGCCCGAGUUCGAGCGGCUGUCCGUCACCUCCGAGAUAUACGACAGCCGCUGCAACCUGCGGCCGGGGGCGCUGGCGGCGUACCUGCUGGGCAGGCGGGGGCCGCUGGCGACCACGGGGUGCGACCACGGAGCCUUCGUGCGCACAUCGGCCGCCACCACCCAGCAGCCCGACCUGCAGGUCCGCUUCGUGCCGGGCUGCGCGCUGGACCCGGACGGCGUGAAGGCGUACAUCGCAUUCGGGGAGCUGAAGAAGCAGGGGCGCGCCUGGCCGGGGGGCAUCACCAUGCAGCUGCUGGCCAUCAGGCCCAAGAGCAGGGGAAGCAUCGGUCUCAAGGCGGCUGACCCCUUCAUCAACCCCGCCAUCAACAUCAACUACUUCUCCGCCCCCGAGGACCUGGCCACCCUGAAGGCCGGGCUGCGGCUGGCGCGGGACAUCGCACGGCAGGAGCCCCUGCGCAAGUACCUGGAGGAGGAGACAUUCCCCGGCGAGCGCGCCUCCAGCGAGCAGGACCUGGAGGACUACCUGCGCCGCACCGCGCACAGCGGCAACGCGCUGGUGGGCAGCUGCGCAAUGGGCACCUCGCCCGCCGCGGGGGCCGUAGUGAGCGCGACUGACCUCAAGGUGUUUGGCGUGGAGGGACUGCGUGUGGCGGAUGCGUCCGUGCUGCCGCGCAUUCCCGGCGGACAGACGGCGGCGGCGACGGUGAUGGUGGCGGAGAGGGCGGCGGCGAUGCUGAGGGGCGAGGCGAGCAUUGCGGCGGCGGUGCCGAAGCGUGAGCCGGUGACGGUGUGAGGAUGGAGGGCGAGAGGAGUGGCGAGAGGAUGGGAAACGGGGAGCUUUUGUGGAUGUUCAGCACGGUGCGAGCGAGGUGGAUAAGCAGACGGAGGUGUGAAAGCUUGGCUCGUAAUAUUGUUCGCGAAAAGCAGGUACAUGCUGGUAAUGUGAUACAUGCCGGUAAUAUGCAUCAUGUGCGGGCAUUGUGACCCUUUGUGCCCAAUUCCUCAAGGUGUGAUCCUUUUUGCAUGUUGGAUGCAUGCGUAUGACGGGACAGCCUGAACAUCAAGUUUGGAAAAGGUGAGGGCGAGUAUUGUCUUUUGUGUUACAAGUAUGAAUAAGGCUACCAGUACCAAUUUCUCGUAAGAACGCAUGGAUGAUCUUUACCCUCGAGUAUUCUUCCCCAACACGGCUCUGAUUGAUGUGCUUGUCGUUAAGCUGUUGUUGGCAAUCAGGCUUAAAGCUCUGCAGCAAGCUAUCGGCUUCGUGUAUAUAUCUGGGUAUCACAGGGGAUUCUCCCGGCUAACAUGUAACCCUAAUGAAAAA